GACGAGUGAGUAUGUAGCCUGUUAGCUGAAAAUAGUGGCAUGCUUACAGAACAAAAAUGGCAGACUCUUAAGUUAUCCGCAUCACAUCAUAUGUGAGUCUAUGUAUCUGGAGGUAGUGUUUAAAGUCCUAGCAAAAGCCAAACAGCUCAAGCUGCAUGGUGUCCGUUCAACGAACUUGCUAGACCUCGCUGCUUUCAGAAAUAAAAACUCACCUGGAGGGAAAAGCGCCAAGAAUAUUCCUUCGUACCAUUUGAAUGCGACAAAACUGGCGCUUUUCCUACCUAAAAAUCCACAUGGAUACUCCAGCAGGAUCUGGAAGACUCAUUUUUAUGCCAAGGUUCUAUCGGACAGCCGGUUUCAGACAGGAUUUCCUUUACAGCUGCGCCGCACAACAUACACACUAGUGAUGUUUUUUGCAGGUAUAAAGGUAUGCUGGGCGGCUCGAUCGUGGGGCUGAAGGCGACAGUAAAAUGCUGUCUUGGCAAAAAUGAAAUGUCGUCUGGAUCGAGUAUAAAAAGCGUGUCAAAGAGAGGUAUUUUCAAAUCCAUAUCAUACACACCAGACAACAAGACAGCACGAUAA